CCUGCUUACAUUUUCUUGAAGGCAAUCCAUGGACGGAUUGCUUCCAACUACAACUCCUAUAAAUCCUAGCGCUGUUACAAUAUCCGGAACAGCAAGCGCAGAGGCCCUCUGUACUUGUAGUUUCAAGGACCGGAAGCCUAGUAGAGGAAAAGGGGGAUUUUCCGCCAUCACCGAGACUACAAGCCCCAGCAUGCUUUGGGUAACCCGGGGCGGUAAUGGCGGCGGUAGCGCCUGCGCAUUGCGGUCUCCGUGCGGACCGCGCAGAGUGAAUAAUAAAGCUCUCCUCCUCGGUGGUAGCGGGCGGCGGAGGAGGGAGCGGAGGGCAGGAGCAUGUCGAAGGGCCCGGUAGGGACCGGGCCUCCUGCGACCGGGCCGGUGGUGGCCGCCAGCGCGCUCCAAGCGCAGCCCGAGAAGCCGCAGCACUACACAUACCUGAAGGAAUUCCGCACAGAGCAGUGUCCCCUGUUUGUGCAGCACAAAUGUACUCAGCAUAGGCCCUACACAUGCUUCCACUGGCACUUUGUUAACCAGCGUCGUCGCCGAUCUAUCCGCCGUCGGGAUGGCACCUUUAACUAUAGCCCUGACAUUUACUGCACCAAAUAUGAUGAGACCACAGGGAUCUGCCCUGAAGGAGAUGAGUGUCCAUUCCUGCAUAGAACUACUGGUGAUACAGAACGGAGAUACCAUCUACGCUACUAUAAAACUGGAAUCUGCAUCCAUGAGACUGAUUCAAAAGGAAAUUGCACCAAGAAUGGCCUUCAUUGUGCUUUUGCUCAUGGACCACAUGACCUACGUUCUCCAGUUUAUGAUAUCAGGGAGCUUCAGGCCAUGGAAGCUUUGCAGAAUGGUCAGACCACAUCAGAAAGUGGCAUAGAAGGUCAGUCUGCAGUUGCUGCUAGCCAUGCUAUGAUAGAGAAAAUACUCAGUGAAGAGCCAAGGUGGCAAGACACAACGUAUGUUUUGGGAAACUACAAAACAGAACAGUGUAAGAAGCCCCCACGCCUCUGUCGCCAAGGUUAUGCCUGCCCUUAUUAUCAUAAUAGCAAAGAUAGAAGAAGGAGUCCUAGAAAACACAAAUACAGAUCCUCCCCAUGCCCUAGCGUGAAACAUGGAGAUGAGUGGGGAGAUCCUAGUAAGUGUGACAAUGGAGAUGCAUGCCAGUACUGUCAUACCCGUACAGAGCAACAGUUUCACCCAGAGAUCUACAAAUCCACAAAAUGUAACGAUAUGCAGCAAUCUGGCAGCUGUCCCAGGGGACCCUUCUGUGCCUUCGCACAUGUAGAACAACCUCCACUUAGUGAAGAUUUACAGCCAACGUCGGCUGUCUCUAGCCCAACGCAAGCUGGCCCUGUAAUGUACAUGCCCUCAGCAGCAGGCGAUUCUGUUCCUGUCAGCCCUUCUAGUCCACAAGCCCCAGACCUUAGCAAUGUAUGGAAUAAACCAGGAACGCUACCAACUAGCCCUACUUCUGCUACAAUCCUCUGUAGAAAUAGCAGUCUUGGAAGCCCAUCUAAUUUAUGUGGAUCCCCUCCUGGUGCAAUUGGAAAACCCCAUAGUUUGGAAAGCAUUGGUUUCCCCACAGAUUCAGUAACUAGUGCAAGUAGCUAUAAAAAGGCACCCGGAUUUGAACGGGAAGACCUGGUUGGAGCAGAGUAUCUAAAAAAUUUCAAAUGCCAGCAGGCAAAAAUCAAAUCCCAUUCCAUGGAACAUAGAACCCAAGAACAACCUCUGUUACAACCCAAGCAGGAUAUAUUAGGGAUUCUUCCAGUUGGCAGCCCACUGACAUCUAGCAUCUCCUCUAGCAUUACUUCUAGUUUGGCAGCAACACCACCAAGCCCAGCAGGCACCAGCAGUGUACCAGGCAUGAAUGCCAAUGCCCUUCCUUUCUACCCAACUAGUGACACUGUGGAGUCCGUGAUAGAGUCUGCCUUGGAUGACCUGGACCUGAACGAAUUCGGAGUGGCUGCCCUGGAGAAGACAUUUGACAGCAGCUCGGUGCCCCACACGAGUGGCAUCAUGAUAGGUGGGAGUUUGCUGCAAAGUUCUGCUCCUGUAAAUAUCCCUGGGUCCCUUGGAAGUUCUGCCUCCUUUCACUCUGCCUCUCCUUCUCCACCGGUCAGCUUAUCAUCGCAUUUCCUCCAUCAGUCCCAGGGACACUUAAGCCAAUCAGAAAAUACUUUCCUGGGGACAUCAGCUUCUCAUGGAUCAUUAGGUUUAAAUGGAAUGAACAGCAGCAUAUGGGAGCAUUUUGCUUCAGGAAGUUUUUCACCCAGUACUUCACCUGCAUUUCUGUCAGGUCCAGGUGCUGCUGAACUGGCCAGGUUGCGGCAAGAAUUAGACGAAGCUAACAGCACGAUAAAACAGUGGGAAGAUUCUUGGAAACAAGCCAAACAGGCCUGUGAUGCAUGGAAAAAAGAAGCAGAGGAAGCUAAUGAUCGUGCAAGUACAGCAACCCUAGAAUGUGAGUUAGCCCGGGAACAGAGAGAAACCUUGGAACUGCAAGUCAAGAAACUCCAGGAAGAAAUCGAGCGGAUCCAUACUGGCCAGGACCCCCAGUUCCUGCGCUCAUUCUCUGAUUUAGAAAAUCUCUCCUUGUCCACACUCUAUAAUCUCCAAAAACAGUUGCGUGCCAAUUUAGAAAGAGUUGAUAAGGCAGUGUUUCAGUUGCAGUCGGUGAAAUGCCUCAAGUGCCAGGAAGAGAACCGGGUGGUACUACCGUGCCAACACACUGUGCUGUGUGAAACAUGUGCCGAGGAGGGUGAAUGUCCCAUCUGCCAUCCCAACAGGCCACAUGCUCUCCAGUCGUGACUGUACUAGGACAUUUGUUUAGCAUAUCACAUAGAAUUUUUAAACUUUUUCAGACAUAUAUAUUAUAUAUAUAUAUAUAUACAUAUAUAUAUAUACAUAUAUAUGUCUAUAUAUAUAUAUAUAUCUGUGUGUGAAUGUGUGUGUAUAUAUGUACGUAUGCACACACACACAUAAAAACAAAAUAUUAGUUGCAGAGCACUUUUUUAAUACUUUGCAUCUCCCAUUUAAAGGAUCCCUGCUCCCAACCCAUGCAGUCCCAUUAAUUCUAACACAUUAGGGACUUUUAGAGCAGUUUUUUAAAUAUAGAUCAAAGGGCCAUUUGCAAAAUCUGUUUCUCCUCCCUCCCUUUUUUAAUUAGGAAGUAAUCUUUUUUUAGCCUUUUCUGGAGAGAUAUUUAGAGGGAGGAUGAAGAGAGUUUGCAAGUGAUUUCCAAGCUAAGGAUUGGGUUUUGGGGGAAGAGAAAAGAUAGAAAUAAAUUUUCAAUUCAUUUCCUUCUUUCAUACUAUAGUAUUUAGCAUUUUUAUUUGUAUCACAACCAUUACAGGUGUGCAAAGCCUUUGAAGCAACUCUUUUGCAAUGCACAAAAAGGCAAGACAUCUUUCUUUAAAUUGCUAAAGCAGCUGUAUCUUUUGCAAUGUUCACUCCAGGAAUGGCUUUCAAGGCUGCUGGGUAAAUCUUGCAAAAGGAUAAUUUGUUUUAACAAUUAGAAAGAGUGAUGCUUUCUUCAUGCUGUGUGCUUUCUGAAACACUUCUUUCACAGGCUUUAUGCAGCCAUAAUAAUCUUACCCUUACCCGUGCUGGUCAGUAAUCCCUGCUUAUGAGCCUCAAUGAUUCAGCAUUCUUGUGGCCUCCAGUAUUGUGAAAGUUUCUUGACUUGUCUCUUGGAAAACCAAAAGUUCCUUUUUUGAAAAUCAUUUUGCAUACUUCUUUAAUUCUGUCCAAGGAAUAAAAACACAAAACACACUGUAGAGGUGAGGCCAAUGUUAACAUACUUUUUUUCAUCAGCAUUACUCUGCAGUAAGACUUUGAGAAACUUCAGUAGCACUUUUGAGUGGGACCUUGUAAAGAAAAAGUUUAGAUUUGUAAUCUGCAUUAUCAUGGAAAUGGAGAAGAGUUUCAGAAUCAGGCUUUGAUAAUGGAGCCACUUAGAGUCUUUUUGGUCUGUCUAAGAGAACUUUAUAACUCAUCAAACAAAUUACAAUCCAUUAAAUUUCCUAGAUUUUUAUCUCCCUGCAGAAAUUGAGCAUUUUAGUUUAAAAAAAAAACAGAUUACAGAUGGCAAUACAUAGUGGGCUAUGCUUGGCUGAGUAAUCUAACUUGUUUAGUAUUGAAUACUUGGUAUUUCUUGCCAGUAGGAAGAAACAAAUCAACACAUUUCCUUUAUUAUUCUUAUCUAUGAAUGGUGCUGUCACAAGCGUUGUAGCUAAAAGCAACCAAUGGCCCUUUGUGCAUUCAGAAAUGGGGAAGAUGCAGAUUUGCAGCACAAAAUCACCUUUCCUGAACUGUGCAGCACUUCAUAUUGUUAACUUAGGAUAAGUGGUCACCAACACAAACAUGGGCAGAAUGCCGUAGAGAAGAUGUAUUUUUAUCUGCCUGUCAUAAGGCAAAGUGAUUUCUUUUCCUAUCUUUAUCCACAUUUAAUACAAGAAAACGUCUGAUAAGGUUUACAUAGCAUAGCUGAUGACUUUUGUUAGAGUUGCAAACUGAACGAAACUUGGAUUCCCUAAACUAGUAAUUUCUGCUAAAAUACAGAAUUAUGGUAAAAUACAGAAAAAAGACAGUUUUGCAAACACUUAGAAGCCCUUGUAUGAAUUUGGUCGCAGGAUGUAACUUCUCAAAAUGUUUCACACUGAACAUAAAUAGCUAGAAGUGGUGAAUGUAACAGUGCAGAAUGAAAAUUGAUGAAGAAUGUGAGAUGUCACAAUAUCCUCCUUUGAGAUUAGUUAGCUGUUUAGGAAUUAAAGCUCUUAAUCCACUUUCUUAUGAUAGAAUUAUCAUGAAUAUCACAAGGGCCACAUUUCACCACAUGUAAGAGAAAGAGAAGGGAAAGUUAUGCUCAGAAACCACACUGCUUCAGUUCCAAAAUACAUUCCUUUUUCCUUAUUACUAGGAAAUUUUCUCAUUUCCUUGAAAUUUCUAAGCUUUCCUUGAGCAUCUACAUUAGGUGUUCUUCAGGGAUCAAUUAUGUUAAUCCCAUGUUUCACUAGUCACCUUCUUGUGACCAUUCUCUUGGGGAUGGGAAUAUUUUUUGAGCCUACACAGGAUACACCCUGUGUUUGGAGAAUCCAAAGAAUGAUUCUAAAGAGGAGAGGAGAGAAGCAUUUACUCCUGCACUUCUAUUUUGGCAUUUAUACCGCCAAUAAGAAAUGUUUUCCUUCCUGCUGCUCUGCUUUUCUUCACAAAGUAUCUCUUAAUUUUUACCCUUAGUUUAGCAUCACCAUUAACUCCCCUGGUAAGUACAAAUUCUCUUUCUGGCUGGGUACCUGCCAGCAGACAACUUCAAUGAAGACAGUGUAUAUCAUCGCCAAAUGACUAAAAUGUCUGAAUCUCUAAGCAUGUUCCUUGUCGUGGACUUAUUAGACAAAUACCUAAAUCAGACAAUAUGGGCAAUCUUUUGUCCUGGAUUGAAAUAACCACUCUUAUUAUCCACUUUCUGGAUGCAGUGCACCCGGUCCAGGGGAAUACAUAAGUUUGGCUUGUUUAAAACAGAUGGACAGUAACUAACUGUCAUGAGUAAGUGUCUUGAGACCCAGGCAACAAUCAGCUGGGUUUGCAGGAAUAGCCAUUUAUUUCUCAUGCUUUUGUGGGCCAGCUUGAGUUAAAUGUCCAGGCUCUAAGCAGAUCUUAUUAAAAAUCGGAUUUAAAAAAAUGCGGAGUAAUUCUAAGCAUGUUUACACAGAACUUAGCCCAACUGAACUCACUAGAACUUGCUUCCUAGCCAAUGUGCUUCAGAGUGCAGCAUCAGCGAAUCACUUCCUUUGAGAAUCCAUGUGCACUCUCCCCAGAGUGUUUUACAAUGGAGUGUCAACUCACUGAUUAUGUUGAUAGUUUGAUUAUGUGUGUUAAGUUCUAAAAAAAUGAUAUUGGGGCCUAAAUCCAACUGACUUUCAAUGAAAUUUAUGGUUUUGAAUAUUUCAUUUUUAAAAUUUGUAUCCAGUGAAUGUGUUGUCCUACUGUCCCUGAGUGAUAGAGUUCUCACUACAGUUUGUUCUUACUCAGCGCAACAGCUUCCAGUCGAUGAAAAGCAACAGUCCACUCUAGAAGGACUCUAAUCUGCCACUUUGCACUGGGAGUUGUUUAAUGUGUAAAAGUGUAAUAUUUAGAAUUUACUCUCACUCCCUUGCUCACCAGUCUUGCUUUGUUUGCAGUAGUUGACCCUCUUUCCUAACCUAAAAAAGCACUGGAAACUCUGUCUUCAUAAGAGGGAUCCAGCCAUUCACCAUCAAGAUAGUUUUUCCAUGUGUAAUUCAAGUACAUCAUUAGAUUUGCUUCCAUAAUUCCACCCUUCUAUAUUUGGGGGGUUAAAUAUGCAUUCCCAGAUAAUCUCAAAGUGCAGCUCUGGUUAGGUUUUUUUUAAUUAACUUUUAUGUUUGAUAAAACUGCUUUUUUCAAUGUGUAUGUUGUACUAGUAUCUGUUUUCUUCCAUUUUUUUUUUUAAAAAAACACUUAAUUGGCUUUUUUAUGUAUGGAGAGACACUGCUGGCUGACUCUUGUAGCUGUGUUGUUUUUGGUUAUAGCCUUUGAAUGUCUGUGCCAUGAGGCAUCCCUGGUCUCCGUGAUCAGGAAACAUGCUUCAGUCUUAAAGAAAGCUUGUUUGUUUAAAAUAUGUGAACAUUUUUU